CUGCUCUUUAAUAAAACGCGAUGGCAAGUCCCAUCAAAAUUGAGAAGAAUUGGCAAAAAAACAUCGCUCACAAUGGCCGAGGCCGUAGGGCUUGCCGCGAGCAUCAUCGCCAUCGUCGAACUCUCCGCCAAAGUCGGGAAACUCUGCGUCCAGUACUCAACGGCUGCUGGAAAUGCCAGGGCUGACAUUACCCGACUUCAGAAUCGGCUGAAGGACCUGAACGUAUGCCUCGAAGCGGCCCAGCGACUCCUCGAUGAUCCGAAGAAUACGAAGCUUGCGACAUCGCGGUCGCUAGUUGAUUCGUUGAAUGCAUGCGAAACAGAACUAGCAGAAGUCCAGGAUAGACUCCACCCUGGGAGAGCGCGGAAGGCCAUGCGUCGAUUUGGUCUACGCGCGCUUAAGUGGCCGUUCGACAGCAAGGAAAUCAGUACGGUCGUAUCAAAUCUUGAGCACUACAAGCAGACAAUUACGCUGUGUCUGCAAGUCGAUCAAACAACAAUUCUCCUCGACAUGUCGCAAAGGGUCGAGGGUUUGUCGCUUCAACAGCAGGGAGAAACCGGGAUUGCUCGUGCGCCCUGCUUCAAUGUCCCCUUCGAUCGAGAUAACGACUUUGUGGCACGUCCAGAUAUGACGGCGUGGCUCAGAGACAAGUACAGCAGCUCUACUGGCCGCAUGGCCCUUGUAGGCAUGGGAGGGUUUGGUAAAUCACAAGUUGCAAUUAAUUUUGCCUAUUCUAUCAACGACGAGGCUUCUGAUGUCAAUAUAUUCUGGGUCCAUGCAAGUUCAAAACCGAGAUUCGAAGAAGCCUACCGCACUAUAGCAGAGAGGAUGAAACUACCCAAGCGAGACGAGCCAAGCACGGACAUCCUUGCUCUUGUUCGCGACUGGCUACAGAACGAUGAAUCUGGUCCUUGGCUGAUGAUUCUCGACAAUGCCGAUGACAUUAAUCUCUUCUAUCCCAAAGGCACAGACGAGCGGUCGUUGGCAUCGUUCCUACCCAAGCGCUACAAUGGCACCAUCCUGGUCACGUCUCGCAGCCUCGAUGUUGCGGAAAGGCUGAUUGGCAGUCACAAGAACAUCUUCCAAGUGUCUACCAUGGACGAGGCUCAAGGCCUUCAUCUUAUCACAAACAAACUCACAGGUGAAUUCGAGCAUGACGCUGCUGUUGAGCUCCUUCAGGCUUUGGAUUACAUCCCCCUCGCUAUCACCCAAGCCGCAGCCUACAUCAACCGACGCUCACCCCGUGAAUCUGUUGAAAGCUACUUGGAAGCAUUCCAAGAAAGCGAUCAGAAGAAAAACAGCCUGCUUGAAGUGGAUCUUGGUGAUCUUCGCAGAGACGAGACUGUUUCCAACUCUGUGAUUACCACUUGGCAAGUUACAUUCGAGAAGAUCCGUCACGAAAGGCCGUCGGCAGCCAAUCUUUUAUCAUUCAUGAGCCUUUUUGAUCACAAGGGAAUCCCAGAGUUUGCACUUCAUUACUACAACGGCGAGCCUGCGGAUUCGAAAGACAAGGUUGAUGAUUUUGAAGAUGAUCUAGACGUGCUUCGCAGCUAUUCCCUUGUCUCCGUAACGGCAGUUCGCGACGUCUUUGAGUUACACGCUACCGUGCAGACAUGCACCAGAGCCUGGAUCUCGUCUUCGGACACUUUGCCAAAGUUGAAGCGACUGUUCUUGAUCUCAAUGUGUCGCAAUUUCGAUGCUAAUGACUUUAAAUACAGGUCUACAUGCCAGAUACUACUACCUCACCUAGACCUUGUGAUUAGGGAAAAACCAGAAGAGAAAGACUUGGAGUUAUGGGGAAACUUGCUCAACCACUUAGCAAGAUAUUUCAUCUGGUUUGUCUGGGGGGGGGGGGGGGAACAUUAUACCAUGCGGGUCUCCCUAUGGGGACUAGCUUCGGCCUACAGACGACAAGGAAGGUUUAAAGAAGCGGAAAAUGCUCUCUUGCAGAUCGUGGACAUUGAAAAGAGAAACCUAGGAGAGGAGCACCCAGAGACGCUUGUGUCGAUGAAUAAUCUGGCAAUCACGUAUCUCCGUCAGCGUCGAUAUGAUGAGGCCGAAGAACUUCUCGUUAGGUUAAUAACAAUCAGAAAGAGCACCCUGGGAGACAGAUCUCCAGAGAUCCUAAGCUUGACAAAUAAUCUGGUAUCCCUAUAUUCAAGGCAAGGCCAUUACGAGAAGGCAGAAAAGAUGGCCAUAGAGUUGCUAGAAGCAUCAAGGAUAGAGAUGGGUCUAGACGACCCAGAUACCCUGGUGAGGAUGAACAACCUAGCUUGGAUAUACUGGAAACGAGGGCGACUUGAUGAGGCCCAUGAGCUCCAAAAACAAGCCUUAGCUGAGAAGACGAAGGUGUUAGGGAAAGAUCACCCUGGAACAAUAGGCGCAUUGGCCCUUGGGGCUAGUAUCAUGAAGGACAUGGGACAUCGCGCAGAAGCUCUGUCGCUACAACAAGCUUGCGUGGAUGGUUACAGAGAAUCACUUGGCCCUGAACAUCCAAAGACAGUGUCUGCAGUGCAGGUUCUUGCGUGGUGGGAGGCGGAGACUGGCCUAUCAGAACAGUAAUUUGUAUGAGAACCAAUGGAGAUCCAAGCGCAAAGAGCACGAACUAGCUUAAUACCUUAGAGUCUGAUUGAUGCUGGCAAUCAG